AUGGCCGCCGAAGAAGAAGAUACGUCGUACAUCGAUUACGAAACUUUCCUAUCCCCCACAUUCUCCCCCUCCGAAUUUGCGAAUUCCCUCGUUCUCACAACCAACAACCCAACCGAUACACCUCUCGAUCUCUCCACCCCACUAUCCAGAGUCUUGUUUGAUGCGCAAGAAAUAAACACACACAUUGAUACCCUUACGACGAAAAGCGCAUUACCCCUCCUCACACAUACUAAGGAGCAAACGGAAUCGAGCGCCCGAAUAGUGCAGGAAAUAGAUUCACAAGUGUCAAGUUUAAACGAGGGAUACAAGAGAUUAGAGAAGGAAGUGCUGGUGCGGUAUGAGACUGCUGAAGAAGUCAAAGCUGUAGCUUCGAGGUUGUGGGAGACUGUACGACUUGGAAGAUCUGUGGGACGAUGUUUACAGCUAGGAAGACAGCUUGAGAUACAGCUGGCAGAGGUUGCAGGGACUGGAAAUCCUGUAAAGACACAGCAAAAAGAGGAUCAUAGAGCAUUGGUGCGAUGCUCGAAUUCGUUGCUGAGUCUGCGCGAGUUAUUCUCCAAAACGGGGCCUGGAGAGGAGGGGUUUGGAUUGGAAAGAGUAAACGUGGUUCAGACUCUGCAAAGCUCACUCACAUCACCGGCUGAGAGAACCGUUCUUACGAAAUGUCAGCAAAUCAUCAGGGAAUUCUCCAUGAGCAGUCUCUCAAGCGGUACGAACACCGCCACAUUCGCACAAACCGCAGACACAAAAUCUAGAACGACUUCCGCUCUCAUAUCACUUUACCUCCUCUCAAACACCCCGGAUACACCAAAAAGCGGAUCCAAAAAAUCAGAACGUUGGGAACCAGAUUUCCUCAUCCAAACACUCCAAGAAUAUCUCCGCACAGCACUCCAAUCUUCUCUUGCCUCCAUGUCCAGAGCUCUCGCAACUCUCCCAACCCUCGACCGAACCCUCCUCGAAGUUUCCGCCCGCUGCCAAAACAUCCUAGCUCUAGAAUCCGUCCUCUCAACCACCACACCCCCACCUCACCCUCUCCUCCCAUCCACCAUCGCCGCGCCCCCAAACUUUCUACAACCCCUUCUCUCUAGUCUCGAAACCGGCUCUUUGGCCUCGUACUUCUGGCGCACGUUAGCUGGGGGUCUAAGUACAAAGGUGAUGGAGAUUAUGAAUAAAGGCGGCGUUAGCGCGAGGACGUUAAAGAGUAAUCGAAACCAUGUGCGCGAUGCAAUUCGGGAGUGUGUGGUUAGGGGGAGUCAAGCACCAGCUGGGGUUGGGGAGAGGAAGGCGCCAGAGGGGAAUUGGGAGAGGGAGGUUGCUGUUAUGGUAGGGAGUGUUAUUGGGGCUUUGGGUAGAUAG